GCCACCGAUACCCUGCUGCUCCUAAUAUCAUUUUCAUUUUCCUUUGUACACAUAAAUCUCUCUCUUCAGAUCUCACCGAAAUCAUUCCGUCUUCAUCAUCGUCCAACCUUUCAGAGAUCUCUGUUCCCGAUUUCUCCCUAGAUCUCAUUGUCACCCGUAAGGAAGAAGAGAUUUGGCUGUGAAGGACAAUUUUAGGGUUUUUAAUGGGAUUUUUCUUCCAAUUUUUUUUUUUGUAUCGAUUUGAAGUCGAUUUCCAAAUUCAUUGAAUAGAUUCGAUUAUGGCACAACAUCAUGAGAUAAAAUUAGGUCCGUUUGGACUAACAAUGGAACACCACGAAGAAGAAGAAGAAGAAGAAGAAGAAGAAGAAGAAGAAGAAGAAGAAGAAGAAGAAGAAGAAGAAGAAGAAGAAGAAGAAGAAGAAGAAGAAGAAGAAGAAGUGGAGGAGGAGGAAGAAGAAGAAGCAAAAGGAAAUUCAAAUACAGCGUGGACGACAACGGCAGAGAAGAAUUACACUGAUGAAAUUAGAUCCUUCAGUGUUGCUUUUAUCAAUUUUGUUUGAUAAAAUCGAAGGUGGUAAUGUUCUUACUAAUGGAGGAGGGGAUUAUGUGCGGGAGAUGAUUUUUUUGGCAUUCAUUGAAGAAGAAGAAGAUGUAUAAACAGGUUGGAUAUAUUCUGAUCAGAAACGGCGAUGGGCGACUAUGGACAAUGUUUAGCAUGCAAAUUUAUGCGUAGACCAUGUUCAGAAGGGUGUCCUUAUAUUCAACUGUUCAGUACAUACUUCGAUGUACCAAGAUUCCAAAUAGGAUACGCAGCUUCCACUGCUGACAUACAGAAAAUAAAAGCCCGUAUAACGGAUAGCACGCUUACAUUUGAAGCAAAUGCUGGAGUGAAUGAACCUCUUUUUGGGGCAACAGGAAUCCUUUUAGCACUGCAUCAACGUAUGAGAGAAGAAGUUACCCGCUUUGAAACCAUUACAGGCAAAGGUGUGAACGUUAUUCCAGCAGGCACUAUGAAUCAUGUUGUCCUAAAAGAUUCAGAGAAAAUUGAACAGAAACAUCGAGCUUGUCCAGCAUGCACCUAUCUACCGCAAAUGUGCAAGGUGGGUUGUCCAUUCGUUCCGUUCUUUGAAGCACGCAAAUCUAGAGAUUUCAUCAGAGUUUUGUACAGUACUUUGUGGCUCAACAGCUGUGUUGCCUGAUCACUCUAAUCUUCAGUCAGCUGAUGAAUUGAACAAAGCGGGUAUAACGGCUAAAGCAUUGGAAUUUGAAAGUAAAGCUAGGGUUCACGAUCCAGUUUAUGGGAUAACAGGAAUAAUUUUAUCAUUGUACAAGAACUGGUGGAAUCUUAAUCACCAUGUUCGUUUGCUUGAGCAAUUACAUCGGAGUGUGCAAAAUUUUCCUACUGUUCAAAUUGGUUCUUGCAACAUUCCUACAGAUGAAGGCAAAGGGAAUGUGACCCCAGAAUCCACAAAUGAAUGUUGUACUAUUGCAGAAUGGAUGGAUAUGGAAGAUGAUGAUGAGUCUCUUUACAGCAGAGAAGAAGUGUCGAAGAAUUAUAUGGAGUUCCAACAGGAAGUUGCAUUAAUCCAGCCUCUACCACAAAAACGGAAUUAUUCUUUGUGCCUUCCACAAGGAGAAUCCUCAAAAAGUUCUCCUUUAAGUUCAGUACCUCACCAAAUGAACCAGCCAUCAGCUGAUCAGCAACUAUAUAGAGUCCCGCAACAAACACAGCAACUAUUGAGUCAGCCAUGGGGGGCACUUGUUCAAGGCAUUCCACUACGAAUAUCAGAAAAUGUUCCUCAAAAUGUACCAUCACAGCUACAACGACAACUGUCAGCUCCUUAUAUUCAGCAAUCCACUUCAUCAUCACUAAGAGCACCCACUUCGUCUUCUCAAAGAAUGAGCAGCACAGGAAGAGCACUGCAAAGAGCCUCAACACCUCAACAACGAGAAGCUUGGGGACAACUUUUAGGUAGGCCACCUGUACAGCACAUUCCUCAAAAUGUACCAUCAGAGCUACAACAACUGGCAGCUCCUUCUCAUAGUCAGCAAGCCGCUUCAUCAUCAUUGAGAGAGGCACCUUCGUCUCAACAAGGAAUGAGCAGUACCACAGGAGAAGCAAUAAAUAGAGCCUGGCAAAAUCUAACACGACAAGAACGAGAAGAACUAUUCCGUCAGACAUGGAAUCGACUUCCAGAUACGUCACAUGUUCAAAACCUUCUACAUCGAUUUCCAGAUAGGCCAAGUGUUCAAGACAUUCUACAACGAACAUCACAGCGUGUUCCACACAUUGUAAUACCACAGCUACAACAACAACUGGCAGCCCCUUCUCAUGGUCAACAAGCCACUUCAUCAUCAUUAAGGGUGGCAACUUCGUCUCAACAAGGAAUAAGCAGUACCACAGGAGAAGCAAUAAAUAGAGCCUGGCAAAAUUUAACACGACAAGAACGAGAAGAACUAUUGUGUCAGACAUGGAGAGGACUUCCAGAUACGUCACAAGUUCAAAACCUUCUACAACCAUUUCCAGAUAGGCCAAGUGUUCAAGACAUUCUACAACGAACAUCAGAGCGUGUUCCACACAGUGUAACACCACAGCUACAACAAUUGGCAUCCCCUUCUUAUGGUCAGCAUCAGCAAGCCGCUUCAUCAUCAUUAAGAGCGGCAACUUCGUCUCAACAAGGAACGAGCAGUAGCACAGGAACACCACCAACAAGUACUACAGACACUAUAUAAGCCUAUAAGGAACUGGUGAUAUGAUAUCAUUGAAGACUUUGAAAGUCUGUUGCAGCACUAAAGUAAAUAACUGUUGAAGAAACGGAAAGAUCAGGCUAUGGGUGUUUCACCGAAAGAUGAACUUAGCUAGCCAAUUGACGCUAACCCAUUGUCAAUCGUAUUUUCAGCGGUAGUUUAGUAUGUAUGGUUGUUGUAGUGGCAGUAGUAACUUUGACGUUCUAGUUUACAUUCCUGCCUAUAUCAGUACCAUUCCCAGCUUUGAUUUCAUGUCUUCAAUACUUUUUAUCAUUUGGUUUUUUAGGUUUUGCUGAUGAAUCAUAUACUACAAUGUUAUCCUUGAUUUUUGAAGAACCAUAUGAGUUCCUUUCUCAGUAUUUCGCUGAUUUUAUAGCCAGGCAUAUGAUAAAGUUUUUUUUUAGG